AUGAAAAGAUAGCGAUCACAAUCCUGGGAUACUUCUAAUCAUGAAUCUAGCGAAUUAAUACGAUAAUAAUCGGAAAGACCCUUGAAUGAUCAAAAUGUAUGAUGUUGUUAGAUUAAGAGUAUUUUUACUAUGAUUGUUAAUCACCAAAUAAUUAAAGAUAUUUCUAUCAUUGAGACAUAUAAGGAAGUCGAUAAAAUCUCAAUCCAUAAAAAACACUAUGUCAAUUAUGUGAUAAAAAUAAAAACAGACUAUUUUGAUUAUACUGUUGCUAAAAGAUAUUCAGAAUUCGAAAAACUAUAUGAAUAAGUAAUUGAAAACAUUCUAUAAUAUAGGUUUCUCCAGUUUUAUAAAAAUUGCCGAAAUUUCCAGAAAAAAAAAUAAUUAAGUCCAAUUCAAAGAAAAAUAUUGCAGAAAGAAAACAAAUGCUUGAAGGUAACAGAGAGUCUUAAUCUAGAACUAUUGAAAUAUAUUUAGAAAAAUCUCAAUAAUUAAAUUCAUAGUUUCUUAAGUUUUCUGAAAAUUCAAGGUAAAUUCAUGGAUAUUCUUUAGAAUAAUUUAUAAAAGGGGGAUUUGGUUAAAUUCAUGAAUUGAGUAAAGAUGAAUUAGGUUUAAUGGAUUUAAAAGAAACAGCCAAAUUGACUAUUACAAAUGAACUGGAAAAUAUGAUUUUUCAUUAUAUAGCUAAAUUAAAUGAUCGUAUGGAUGAAAAAAGUAAAAUAUUUUCGUAAGACAUAAUUACUUAUAUAUAGAAAAAUGGAAAAGUACUUUUUUGGGAAGACUUAAUAUUUGAAUUCUCAAGUUUUGAAAUUUCUAUUACUUGGUGAUGAUGGUUAAUAGAAAGGAAUUAUUGAACUUUUAAGAAAUCCGUCCAAAGAUUCCCAAUCUCACAUCUCUUGUGUUAGUGGAUUUCAAUUUCUCAGAAAAAUGUUAGAGCAUGAUUAUAAUCCAAGUAAUCUGAAUUUUACCAAAUUUAGAUGCUGAUUUUUUUUUGAAAAUUUUCUCUGAAUUAAGCAUAAAACAGUUUAAGAAAAUGGGUUUGUCCUUUCAUAUAUGUAGUACUAACAAAUAAUUGUGCAAGCAACAUACCUUAUUAUUGAUUUAUAAAUAUGUUAAAGGAAAUGAUUUGAAACCUGAAUUUAUUAACUUUUUAGUAAGUUUUUCAACAAAUUUUAGUUAGAAGACAAAGAUGCUUUGCAAGAAUUUUAAUCGUUUUCUGAAAUAUAUUAAUAAAAGAAGGAAGAACCCUUUUAACUAGUAAUUGAUAACGAUAAUUACGAUUAUAACUCAAGAGAUAACUUGCCCACAAAAUCAAGUUCAAAAGAAUAACAAUGUCUUUUAGAAUAGGAUCCUACCUUAGAAUAACUCCAAGAAAUCAUAAAAUCAACAUCUAUAUCUUGGAAAUUAGUACAAGGUAAUAUUUAGGUUAAUUAAAGAGUUUGAGAACCAUACUUUCUAGCAUAUUUAAGGAUAAAUAGUUAAGACUAUCCAUCCAUUGAAAUGCAGUUUGGAAAAAGCCAUCGAGAUUUUAACAACUGCUAAAUAGAAGUGGGUGACCACUAUGGUUUCGAGAUAACAACUAAAAAAACUAGAUGAUAAUAGAUAUGUAGUAUCAGAAACUUAUUUAUGGUAAGAUAAAUAAUUGUUUAAAAAAGUCGUUUUUUUCUCCUAAGAAACAAUAACUAUCAAUGUAAAAUUAGAUUAAUUCUAUUAGGAAAAUAAAUUUGAAAUUUUGAUGUAACCAGAAUAUGAAACCUAAGAAUAUGAAUAAUAAUAGAAAUAUGAUGAAAUAAGUAUUAUCAUUUUUAUCAUCUUUAGGCUCGAAAUUAUAAGUAACGUCUGGAGUAUAUGAAAAUGGCAUUACAACAGUAACUAUCAUUUAAAAUCUCUUUGAUAAAGUUUAAUAACUAUAAUAUACACCUUUACUUUUAAAAGAAGUAAAUUAUUUUGAGAAGAGCAUAUAAUAAUUAAAAAUUUUAUAAUCUGAAUGA